UUAAAGUCCUGGAACAUGAGACUGACAGGUGUGUUUUCUUACAUUAUUCAGCAGUAAAUAGCUCUCUGUGUUCAGUUUCAGAUCUGUUUUUUCUGUGCAGACUGAGGUGGAACCAACAUGUCUAUGGGUGAAAACAAGCAACUGUGAAGCUGAGAGAAGAAAGAAAACCGAUCAGAUCAAUCAUAGAAACCAGCAUAGAGGCACUUCCUGGAGAUCCCCAAGAUUCUCUAAAAGUUGACCCUGAAUGAAAACACUGAAGGUCUCAGGAUCCAGAGGAAACACCUGCAACUGAAAAACCUUCAUCUCCUCCUCCUUCUCCUCCUCCUCCUCCUCCUCCUCUUCACCCUCCUCCUCCUCCUUCAGCUCCUUCAGCUGCAGCACUUCAUUCAGACCUUCAUCUGAGCAGCACAGAACCAGAACCAGAACUUAUAUUUUUCCAUCAUGAAGGAGUUUUCUCCGGACCUUCUGCUGCUCUUCUUCCUCCUCUUCUCCCUCCUGGAUGCUUUGCGCGCUCAGGACCCCGCCGGUGACGAGGACGCGCUCCGCCGCGGGUUGACAUGGCAACACAACGGGCACGUCUUCAGCAUCCUGAGCCGCGGGGCUCAGUACCGGCCGUCGGCCCGGAGGCUGACCGGCUCUCCCCUCCGCGGAGACCCCGUGGUGCUCCUCAGUAACGACACGGUCCCCGCCGCGGCCCGCAGCUCACCGCGCGUCCCCGCCGCCAGCAGCUCCGCGCAAUUACGCACCGCGACGCGCCAGCAGCAGCAGCGCGGUACCGGUACCGGGGAGGAUAUGAUGGCGGGAGAUGAUCCGUACAACCCGUACAAGUCCUCCAACUACAACCCCUACUACAACUACUACGACUCCCACUUCAGACCCAGACCCCGGACCCAGACCCAGAACGGAUACGGAACCAGAUACCACCAGAACGGACUUCCUGACCUGGUUCCUGAUCCGUACUACAUCCAGAUCGCCUCCUACGUCCAGAGGUUGCCGAUGUACAACCUCCGCUGUGCCGCUGAGGAGAACUGCCUCGCCACCUCGGCUCGUUACGCUCAGGACUACGACACCAGAGUUCUGCUGAGGUUUCCUCAGAGGGUGAAGAAUCAGGGAACAGCCGACUUCCUGCCCAGCAAACCCCGAUACGCCUGGGAGUGGCACAGCUGUCACAAUCACUUCCACAGCAUGGAUGAGUUCAGCCUCUACGAGCUGCUGGACAUUCGCACUCAGAGUCAGGUAGCUGAAGGUCAUAAAGCCAGUUUCUGUCUGGAGGAUACGUCCUGUGACCCCGGAUACUACCGCCGCUUUGCCUGUACUUCACACACACAGGGUUUGAGUCCCGGCUGCUACGACACCUACAAUGCCGACAUCGACUGUCAGUGGAUCGACAUCACCGACGUUAAUCCUGGAAAAUACAUCCUGAAGGUGACAGUAAAUCCCAGACAUCAGGUUCCAGAGUCCAACUUCAACAACAACGUGGUUCGAUGUGACGUCCAGUACACCGGAACGUCUGCUCACAUCUCUGGAUGCAGCAUGACGGCCUACUGAGAUGAUUCCUCCAACCUGAGCCUGAAGAUGACGACAAACAGGAGUCAAAGUUUGUUCACAAGUGAUUUAAAUAAUUUGGUUUAAAAACAGAAUAAAGAUCAAAUCCGCUGCAGUAUUUCCAGACUAGUGAAGAUGAAACAUUUACAUUCUAUGAAACGAUGCAUCAGGUGACAGUUUUCUGAAGCAGCAGAGGUGGAAAACGAAAAGUUAAUUUAUUCCAUUUCCUGUUUUCAGUGCAGUUCUGGUGGAGUACUGUAAUACUUUAGUUUUUUACUGCUUCCUUUCUCUGACAGCUGGAAUUCUUACUUUUUCUUACAUUACAGAUGUUUAACAUUAAACUUACUAAAAUAAGCUUCUUCUAACCACCAGAUUAUUAGAUUAGAGGGUUUUUUAAUUAUUUUUGAUAAGACAGCAGUACUGGGAAGCUUUUAUUUCAUGCAAUUUUUCUUGCGUUGGUUCUUUUAAGAUGGACAUCUUAAAUUAACAUUGUUUUCAGUCUAAAAAAACAGUUUCAUGCAUGUUUUAUUUGUGCUUUCAUAAACUGCUUUUUGUAUUUGAAAAAAUGUGACAUUUUGCCUGCAAUGUUUUCAAAUUUCUGGACAUUUUCACAGAAAAUGAUCACAGCCUGUUAGAGAAAAGUCAUUUUUCAGUUCUUAAUAUCCGUAGUUUUUCUUUUCACAUAACAGCAAUUAAUAUUUUUGUAGAUUAAAACACAGUAAAAUAGUUUAAAUUUACAGUCAGACAUUGUAAAAGAGCAAAUUACUUUUUAUAAAAAUACAGAUUUUUUUUCUUCUGUGAUUUUAUGAGAUAUUAUCUAGAAUUAACAAAACAGAAAAAUCUGUCUUUUUUUUCAUUUUUAUUUGUAUUGUUUCCAUUUUUCAGUGGUAAAUAUUAAAAAAACAAACAGUGGAAUACGGUAGGUCAAAAAUGGAAAAACAUUGCAAAUAAAAUUAAUUUCAGAUAAAGCUUAAUUUAGUAAACUUGUUUCUUUUUAAACUUUUCUGUUAUUUAUUAAAUCUGCAAAAUUACAGUAAAUCGAUUAAAAAAUACAGAUAAAAACAUUCAUUUCUUUACAUUGAAGUUCUGUUUUCAGGAUAUUAAUUGCUGUUUUUCUCACAUAUAUGAAAGUUAAACUACACGAACAACACAGAAAAUCUCCCAUGGCAACAAAGCGGUUGCCAGGUAACCAGAUGUACGGAUGUAAACAACGACAACAUCCUCCUGUGUGCUUUGAUCGUCAUGGUUUAUCGGUGCUGUAGAGUAGAUCUCUGACUUUUUGGUGCUAUUUUUAGUGAAAAUGUGUGUUUGUGUUGUGUAAAGUGUCUGUCUGUAACCAUGGCAACCUGCAUCUUAUUAUCUCCCUGCUUCUUAACGCGUCAAUAAAGUUUGCUUCACUGUGA